GGCUCCCGGCUGCACGGGACUAGUCUGGGGACUGCUCGUUAAGGCUAAGCUACGUGCUAAACAACGUGGCUCCGCGGCUAGCGGGAGCCGGCUAACUACAGCUAGCGGAGUUUCUAAGCUGCUGAGCCGAGCUUCUACGUCGCUAAGCCGAGCCUCCAUCGCUAGCAACACACUACAUUUAUUACAUGUACCACUACUGUUCAGGGAGGCAGAGGAGUAGGUAAACAUUAGACACUCGGAGCAAGAGAGAGCAGUGGAGCAGCAGGGAGAGAGAGAAGACGUCGCUGCUAUAGAGCUACGAGGGUCUGAGACGCAGGCCCGUCCAUCAUGACGAGCGUGAAGGUCGUGGUGGUGGGAGCAGGCGUGAUCGGGUUCUCCACCGCUGUCUGCAUCGCCGAGGCGCUUCCCUCCUGCUCGGUCACUCUGCUGUCGGAGAAGUUCAGCCCGGACACCACCAGUGAUGGAGCUGCAGGGAUCGUGUUUGCCGGAGAGUUCCCAGAUAUUCCCUUGGAAAGACAAAGGCUCUGGUUCAAGGACAGCUUUGAUCACCUGUUGGCCAUCGCUCAAUCCAAACACUCCCCAGAGGCCGGAGUAAUGCUGAGCUCUGGCUGGCAAAUUUUCAAAGAGGUUCCGGCGGAUAAAUAUCCCUUCUGGUCAGAGUUUGUAAUCGGAUUCCGACUCAUGACUGACCGCGAACUGAGACGGUUCCCAGAUCACACAUUUGGCCAAGCGUUCACCACCAUCAAAUGUGAAUGUGCCAGCUACCUGCCGUGGCUGGAGAACAGGUUCAAAAGAGCUGGAGGUCGAGUGCAGCAGAGGAAAGUCCACAAUCUCCAGGAAUUAAGCAAAAGCUACGACAUCAUUGUCAACUGCUCUGGUUUGGGCUCCAAGCUGCUGGUGGGGGACACCCAGGUCUACCCCGUCAGAGGCCAGGUCCUCAAGGUGGAGGCGCCGUGGCUGCAGCACUUCACCCGAGACGGAGAUGGGAAGACUUACAUCUACCCCGGCAUACACGGCGCCACUGUCGGCGGCACGAGGCAGGAGGGGGACUGGCGACUCGAGGUGGACGAGGGCGACACCAAGAGCAUCCUGGAGCGCUGCGGCCGGCUGGAGCCGUCCCUCUGCAAAGCUAAAGUGCUCAGUGAGUGGGUGGGUCUGCGGCCGAGCAGGAGGAACCUGAGGCUGGAGAGGGAGGUGGUGCAGCUGCAGGGCCGCCAGGUACCAGUGAUCCACAACUAUGGCCACGGGGGCUGGGGAGUCACUCUGGCCUGGGGCACGGCCCUGGAUGCAAUGAGCCUGGUCCGACAGUGCCUCAUUGAAAAGCCUGCUCGAGCUAAACUGUGAACUGAACCUGGUCCUUACACAGACACAACUGCUGAAAGAUUUAAAUCACUGAUACACAACAUAUCAACUGAUCAGAACUUAUUAAAUGAUUUAAAGGAAUACAUUUGCUUUAUUUUUGUGUGUUUAAAACAACAGUGACAAAAUUUAAAGACUUUACUGCCAUCUGGGGUAAAUUAUUGAGUCUUUAUAAGGUGAUGUAAUAAUUUUGAUAUGAGUUUUACUUCAUUCAAAUAAAAAACUUUAUUGAUGUAGAAGUGUGAUAAGCAUUAUAUAAAACUCUUAACGUAUUGAUAAAUUAACUGCUGAAAUAGAAAAUACUGUACAUUAAUUGAUAUGAAACUGAUGUGAAAUAGAAAACAAAUGUUUAAACUGUUUGUAUAUUGUACCUGUUUGUCACAACACUGCUAAUUGUUCAUUGUGCCAAGAACAUUAAACAUUUUAUUUUCAGAA